UGAAUGAUUUAAACACGCGUAUGCUGCGAUGACGCAUUGCCCCCAAAACGGGAAAUACCUCAUUCGAAAGAGAAAAGAACGCAUAUAAAUCUGAAUGUCAAACGUCACUUUCUGUACGGGUGGCGCAGCAUUUCUCGAUUCAUGUGUUUUAAAAAUAACUCAGACAGAAUUUUUUUAAUCGCUUUUUAAAAAGAGACUUAUCUUGCCAUAACUCCAGUGUAACAUACCUAUAAUUUAGGGACACAUUACCGGGCCAAGUGUCCUCUUUUUAUUUUGCUGCAGCUGAGACCUGUAUAAAUUAAAGUAAAGCAGAUUAUUUGUAAGAAUCUGCGUAACUAAAUCGAAUAAACAAAGAGAAAAUACUGCAGCUGUUACAAAGACCUGGACGGAAUUGCGUGCAGUCGGAUCGGGCGUCUUUCUAAGUUAAUUAAGCAGACCGUCCCAAGCAGGAUGAAGAGCGAUGUUGAGUCGGGCAGCACGCUGGAAUCUGGAACAGCUGCUAUACAAUGCAGGGAUGUCUGCAGGUCCUAUGGCAAGCUGAGGGUACUGAACGACCUCAAUCUGACCGUGCUACAGGGACAAAUCUAUGGCUUGCUGGGGCCAAGCGGCUGCGGCAAGACCACGCUGCUGAAGUGCAUUGUGGGAAUGCUGAAGAUCUCACGGGGUCACAUCACGGUGCUGGGGAAGCCCCCUGCCUUUCCCGGACACGGGGUGCCCGGUAGAAUGGUCGGGUACAUGCCUCAGGAUCUGGCCUUGUACAGCGAGUUCACCAUCAGCGAUACAUUGUGGUUCUUCGCCCGCAUCCAUGGCCUCUCCAGAAAGGAAACGCAGACCCGGAUGCAAUUCCUCAUCGAUUUCCUGGAUCUGCCUCAGAAAUCCAUCCUGAUCCGAAACCUCAGUGGAGGGCAGAAGCGGAGAGUGUCGCUGGGUGCUGCCUUGCUCCAAAACCCCGAGCUGCUGAUACUGGACGAGCCCACCGUAGGGGUGGACCCCGUGUUACGUGCCAAGAUCUGGCAGCACCUGGUGGAGAUCGUGAAGGACGGGCAGGUGUCCGUCAUCAUCACCACGCACUACAUCGAGGAGGCCGGCCAAGCACACGUGGUAGGGCUGAUGCGUAAUGGCCGUCUGCUGGCAGAAGCCCCCCCGGACGCGCUAAUGAAGCAGCACAGCGUGACGACCCUGGAGGCCGUCUUCCUGCAGCUAUGCGAGUCCUCGGACCAGACGGGCCACAAGCCCUGCACUGGCAGCCCCCAGGACCUGCGCACAGAGGACAGCCAGUCGUCGGAGGGCAGUCGGGAGGAGAGCCAGCCCAUCCUGAGUGAGGCGCCGGCUCCCGCCGCCCAGAACUCCAAACUCACACCGGACUGGAAGGUGAGGGUGUGGCACAUGACCCCCAAGUGCCGCAACAUCACAGCCCUGAUGAUCAAGACGAUGGUGCGGAUGAAGAGGUUGCCAGGCUUCCUGUGCUUCCAGUUCCUGCUGCCUGUCAUCCAGAUCUCCCUGAUGUGCCUGUGCAUUGGCGGGGAUCCCCGGGGGAUCCCCGUGGCCGUGGUCAACAAUGAGACCAGCGGCGACUUCUACAGCAGGACGCUGCUUUCCUUCCUGGAUAAUUCCAGUAUUCAGCAGGUGGAGCUGUCCCACGCAGAGGCCUUUGCCGGGGUUAAUGAUGGCCAGUACUGGGCAGUCAUUGGCUUUGGAAAGAACUUCUCCAGCUACUUAAUGAAGAGAAUUUUGCAAACCCGAGUUGCGAGGGACAUUGUGGAGGGAGGCUCCGUUCAUGUGUGGCUGGACCUGACUAAUCGACAGAUUGCCGUUAUGCUUCAGAAGAAGCUCCAGGAGGCGUUUGAGGCCUUCGUCCACAGCAAACUGGGCACCAUGUCAUACCUGGUCUCCUUGCCUAUCAAGUUCGAAGAGCCCAUUUACGGCAGCAAGAACACAGACUUUACCACAUUUGUGACUCCCGGAGCCGUCCUAAGCAUUACCUUCUACCUGGCAGUUGGGCUGACUGCCCUGUCCUUUGUGCUUGAGAGGAAGGAGGGCCUUCUCGACAGGUGCUGUGUAGCAGGUGUGAGCUCCCUAGAGACCAUGCUGGCUCACCUCUUUUCCCAGCUGCUCGUCAUCAGUGUCCAGAUAUCCCUGAUGCUCCUCUUCAUCUUCCUAGUCUUCAAGGUUCCCAAUGAAGGCUCGCUGGUGCUGGUCAUCGCAUUGAUAGUCCUACAGGGUGUGACUGGUAUCUCCUUCGGCCUGGUCAUCUCAGCGGCCAUCGACGACGAGCAGUCGGCCAACCAGGCUGCCCUGGGCGUCUUCUACCCCAACCUCAUCCUCAGUGGUAUCAUCUGGCCUGUGGAGUGUAUCCCGUACCCUUUGCGCUACCUGAGCCUGGUCCUGCCCCAGACCUACGCCUCUGAAGCCCUGCGCUGCAUCAUGUAUAGAGGGUGGGACUUGUCGCGGAUGAUGGUGUGGCGCGGCUUUGUGGUCACCUUGGGGUGGAACACCUUCUUCCUGAUCCUGGCCAUGGUCAUCCUCAAGCUGCGUACCUGAGGGGCGGAAUUGGGGAACGUCAUGCCGUCGUGGGCACAUUUGGUGUCGGGGAGUGUCGCUAGGAAAGGUGCAGGCUUCACAGAGUGGAACAGGCCUCACUGGCUAAACUUCUUGUUUUUCCUGGUGGGGUGGGGUGGGGUAUUCACCCCUCACCCCCAUUGCUUCUCCCUCCUCAAGCCCACAUUGGCUGGGUCCGGUGCUGUGUAAUUAUUGGCAUAUAUUACCUCAGGACUUCCCUGUCAGCCUUAAAACGUUUGAUUUUACAAAGGCUAUUUUAGGUGUGAGGACUUGAUUACUGUAGCUAAUAAAAAAUGUACAUAUAGAGAGAGGCAGAAAUAUAUAUUCCUUUUUCACUACAUUUGUACAUAUUGUACUCUGGUGACACCCAAAGGUAAGAGUCUAAUGACGUUAAAAAUCUGCCUUUUAAUUGCAUGUAGAACGGCAUUGGACCCUGAUGCCAGUUUUCUAGUAUGGUGCCAAGUAGAAACAGGACAGAACCGGACCGGGAUUGUAUUCAUGUAUUUGUGUCAGGAACCAAGACUGGACCUUUCACCGCAAGACCAUGACACGCGUAAUGGGGCCGUCCCUCGAUGAUUAGUCGCUGUAUUGAUUGACCUCAUAAUGCAGCAUCCAAGUGCUUUGAGACGAAACCAGCAAUAAACCCAAUAAAAAAGCACAAAUACCAGCUAUAUUUAAAAUUACUACAUAAAUUAAAAGUAACCUAGCUAAUAAUUUCCUGGCGCUUACCACAGGCAAAAAGAAUCAGAUGGAUUUUUAUUUUAAAAAUUACAGGGCGCAGCUAGCGGUAAAGAUUUGAAAGUGUAGAGUACGAAGAUAAAUGUUUUUCAUGUCAUACUAAACAAACCUCGGGUGAGAAGUACAAUAAUGGACAUGCAAAACGGCGUUCUGUACGACGUUCCUCUUGUGCAGGCCAGCACAACAAUUAGCCAAUCAGGGGAUCUCACCAUGGAAACGGCCCGGUUGUAGGUGGGUCUCUGUGUCUGGAGUUUCCUUAUAUGGUGCAGGGCUGUGAAAUGAUGAAGGGAAAAGAAAUGUAUGUGUCCUGGUGAGACCAGAUGAUGGAAACAUUACGUCUGUGACCACUGACCGCUAACAAUGACUCCCCCCUUCCUCACAGACUGCUGCUGUGCCCGUCGGCCCCACUUAUAUUUGGCUGUCUUCACCAAUAGUGGCGCCCCCUCUGGUUGUUGGUGGUAAUGCAGCAUCUACUGUAAUGCAGCGUACCCAUGCCUGUAACUUUCAUCACAGAAAAACAUAACGUUAUGUUAAUUAUCUCUCAAGAGUUCAUAUCUGCUGAAUUUCUUUGUGCCACUGAGGAAUGAGAGGCCCUGACCAUGUUUACAGCCGGGCCAUCGAGGCCGAAGGCAGCUUCUGAUGAACCCGGUCUGGUGCCAGUCCAAUGGUCCAAAGUUGAGCCUUGCUUGUGUGUUUUCCAACAUCCGUUUUUUUUUUUUAAUUCAUUUUUCUCAGAAUUUUAUUAAACAUAACAAAGCAAAUUCAUUCUUCACUUUUUAAAGACUCACGUCAGCUGACAAGUCUGAGGAAUAUACGUAAUUGUAAGCCAAAUGUAUUUCGGGACGUUUGAUGGGACGGGAAUGUUAUUAAACUGUCAAGACCGCUGGGGACUGACUUUCACCGACAGAGGGGUGGGGAACGGGAUAUCAUAGUGCCCAAUCUGGUCCCGGAUCAGUGAGGACUCUCAUCAUGCGUUGCAAAUGACACACUGUAGUGUGUCGCGCCGCAUGAUAGUUAACCCUAUAACGCUGUUGUUUUGCUCCGCCCCCCUGCAUUAUUUUCAUGAGAUAAUAACAGCAAUCUGUUCCUCUGCAUGGUGUCAUGUUCCCUCUUCAUGUUUUUACCCAGAUACCAAUGCUGACAUGGCACUGACUUCCUGGGGACCGGGGAUUUGGGAGGGGGGGGGGGGUGCAGCGUGUAUGCGGUCUUUGUAAUCAGUUAAUCAGCUGAUUAAUCACUCGGGGAAAUAAUUGCCUCCGAUUGUCUUGCUGAUGGUUCCUUCGGAGGAGUGUAAAUGGGGGGGUGCGCAGCCGGGUCCUUCCAUGGUUGCGGUGGCCUUGGCGCUGUGUUCGCUGUGACGGUGUUUUGGGAGCCAGUCCCCUCUCGCAUCUGCUGUGUCUACAGAUGCUCUCCUGGGAAAUCUCUCCUUUCUGUUCACUUUCAAAACAAUAAAUCUCUGUAUGAAAUGUUA